UUGAUCGCGCAAGGGCUAUCCUUUCACCUUUUACUUCUACAAAGGAGAAGAAGCUGAAGCAUGUACAUGUUGAGAACUGGCUACAGCGUCUAGAAUCCCAGGAUACACUAUGUAUACAUCUGAUGUUUUUCGUAGUGCUUCAAUUAUGUUGUAGAUGUAGCUGAAAACCUUGUCGUGGGCUUUCUUAGAUGCGUCGAAUAGCAAAAAUGGCACAUCACGCUGAUCGUUUCGUACUCUACAACCCUCCACGCGACCUUCGCUGGGACUGGCCUUGUGGCCAUUUUUCGGCGUUUUUGACGCAAGCUGUGCUCCACUUCGACAAAGUCGUGGAUAAAAAGUUCGUUUUCCAUGAGAGCGAAGACUUUUUCACCCUCUACGAUGGUUUUCCGAAAGCAAAAGUACACCUCCUAGCAGUCCCACGACGCCGUCUGGAUUCGCUUAAGGAUGUGGCGUUCUUGGGAGGUGAUCAUGAUAAACGACAAGAUCAAGCGGGAAAGGGGCAGCAGGGGGCGGAAGGAGAACAGCAAGCAGUGAAACAGGACGUGGAGACUUUCCAACCUACCCGGACUUCUAAAAGUGACACACGACGGACCACAGGUAUACGACAGCACACAGACGACGUGGGAACAUCUUCAAGUUCUCCAAACAGUAGUUUUCUCGAAGACUAUCUCGCAUAUGUGAACCGUAUCCUGCGCAUCGUGCGCCGCCUCUUCCCUAAAGCCUCCUUUCGAUAUGGGUUGCACGCGGAUCCCAGCUUGACCCAACUACAUUGCCACAUCAUAUCAGAGGAUUUUCGGUCUGAUUGCCUGAAGAACAAAAAGCACUGGCUAUCUUUCCAACCACCGUUUUUAGUGCCUUUGGAGCAUGUGGUGAAGGUCUGGAGCUGCCUGGAGUCUACUGGAUGUGAGGCAAUUUCAGACUGCGAACGAUCACAAGUCUUGUUAUGGUGGAAGUUGUAAAAAUUCAUGAACAGCAUUAGGGCAGUGGUUGUUGUGUAGGGAGAAGAGUUUUGUUGCAAAACCAGUUUUAUCUCAAAGUCAUACUAGUUUCUAAGCCAACGUGUAAAAAAGUGUUUCUUCUGCAUUUCGAUUCCAUUAUGUUUCUGAUAACAUGUUGGUCCUGCUCUAAUUUCCGUGCAAUUCCUGAAGGGGCGUGCAGAAGCUGGCAUGGCUGUUACAGAAUUACGUUGUUGUUGCGGCGCAUUCGUUGCACCGAACAUGCCCAAACUCAAGCAACACCUUGAGACAUGCAUUGCGCAGCGUCCGCCGUGGCCACCACCUUUCAAGGGUGUUGACAUGAAAGACGUGGACGCCGGUAGUGGUGGAGGAGAAACUAUAACUACUUCAAAAAGAACUUCACCUCCUGGAGGAUCAACUGAGGAGCCAGCAAUGAAAAAAAUGAGAAGUGAGUGAAAGACGUUGAAGAAGAACAAAGUUUGCCCAACAGAAAGUGCCGUCUAGGUCGUUUCCGUGGGCUGACAUGGAUAUCUACCAAAAUUGAUCGUCGAUACUAGAUAAACAAAAAGAAUUGAAAACUCGCUGAGGAUCUUCGUAUGCGAUCGGUCUGCUUCAGAUAUAAUGAACCAAAAUCCAUUCUCCUUGUGGGUGUGGUAAAAACCGACCAUAAGCUACAGCAACAUGAGUCAUCUUCUUGUGAAUUCUAAUAUGGAAAAGACUGAUCAACCCGUCAAGGAAAAUAAUGGUCACUAGUUCGUGCGAGAGAAGAAGGAAACUAGACCCAAGCGCAUGCUAGCUCCGUGAGAAGCAAUCGAAUGAAAAUCUACUGAUAUGAAUUGUUCAAAAGAAAAGUUGUAACCCUAACGCGUGACAGCUACCACAAGACUUAUUCUGGUGACUACAAAGCAAAGGACGGGAAGCGAUCCGGGUAAGAGUUCUGUGAGAGUUGUGAAAGUUCCCAAUAGAGAUUUGUU